CACAACCUAACUUGCUGUUAAUAGUGAGAGAUAGCUGACUACUUUCGGUUUAUUGGGAAUGCAGUGAAAGUUUUAAACUUGUAAGAUGGAGAGGUUUGGUUCUUUUGAAGUCAGAUGGGCUCAAGGAUCGCCAACCCAGGAUGUUUCUUUUGUAAAUAACAGAACAGUAUGUUUUCCUUCAGGGAACCACAUCAUUUUUGUUGACAUACAGACUAAAAAGCGAUCAGUGCUGACAUCUUCAAAGGGCAGUAUUGGUGCAUUUGCUGUGAGUGGAAACUUUGAAGUGGUGGCCUUUUCAGAACAACGAUUAAAGCCAUCCAUCUUUGUGUACACUUUCCCAGAGUUAAUUAGAAGAGCAGAGCUCAAAGGUGAGGUACAGCUGGACUACUCUUUAUUAACCUUUAGCUGUUCCAGUCCUUACUUGGCCAGUUAUUCUGCAGUCCCCGAAUUUGCCCUUACAAUAUGGAACUGGCAAGAUGGGACAUGUCUUUGCAGCCAGUCACGUGUGGGGACAGAAUUCACGAGUUUAUCCUUCAACCCUUUGAACUGGCACCAGCUCUGCCUGGCUGGCAAGAACUCUGUGAUACUGUGGAAUAUUGAGAGAAGUAAUACUCAACAUUUGCUGAAAAGAGUCACUGUGGAACUUCCAUCUGUUGAUGGCUCUUUUUUUGAAGAGGAUCCAACAUCAAUUCUUGCUACUGCAAAGCUUCCUUACUACGGACCACAAAUGCCAAUAUCUGCCAUUUCAGGGCUUGUGGAAAAGUUAGCAGAUACCUUUGUGCCAGGAGAAGUCAGGAAGCCUGUGGUUCGUCCUGUCUCUCACUGCUGGACAUCGACAUCUGAUUUAUACGUGGGCUGUGAGCAGGGGCAUCUGCUGAAUAUUAACCCAGAAACUCAAAAAGUAACCAUGCUGUUUAAUCCAGAGAACUAUACUGCUGGAAACCAUCCAGGGAGCAGAUUGAAACAGGGAAGUCUGGACACACUGGUAGUACACAAGAAUGGCCUAUUUGUUGCUGGAAAUGAUGGUGUUUUGCGCCGUUUGAGUUUCAGAAGCACAGACCUACAUAUUGAGGAAAUCUGGUCAUCAGAAGAACCAGUCAUAAAAAUUGACUUUUCUCCAGAUUAUGGAACUCUGUCCAUGACAACAAAUAAGGGAGCAAUAUGUGUUUACAAACUUGAGAACCCAGGAGGCAUCUCCACCAUUUUCAGUGUUUGCUCUGGGAGAUUUUUGGCUGUUGACUUCCUUGCACCUGGACAAAACUAUUGUGUGACUGUGAGAGAUUCAGGAGAAGUACAAGCAUGGUCUGUGGAAGAUGGAACAAACAUCAGCACUCUUCAUCUUCACACACAGGCAGCUGUUUUGGCCUGUUGCCCAUCUUCAAAAUGUGUUGCUGUGGGGACCAUUUCUGGUCAUGUAUACUUUGUGGACAUGACUGAUGUUCAGAAUCCACGUUUAGUUCACAGAAUACAUUUGUACCAUAUUCCUGUACAGCACCUGCAUUAUGAUCAAGAAGGACAGUUCCUUAUCACUGGAGCAGCAGAUGGUCACAUGUUUGUUCUGGAUGCCAAGCCAUCAAGAUCGUUUUCAGUCAUUGGUUAUACAGUUGUAGGAUGUGAAGUUAUAACCAUCUCUACACUAAAUAUCAGAGAAGAGAAGCAAGUGAAGGUUUUGGCACUCCAUUUAGAAGAUUCAGUGGAUGCAGUAGGACAAACAAAGCUGGAAACAUUUGGGUUGCCAUAUGAAAUGUCAACAAGUCCGUUAUAUGCAGAGCAAUGUGCAGAUAACAGAGGUGUGCUGAAAAAUUUUAUCAUUCAAAAGCAGCGUUAUACUGUUGAACAUACUUUGUGUUCUGCAGUUCUGGGAACCAGCAACACAAUAUAUGGAUAUUGCAGUCAGACAAAAUAUAUCCACAAAUACCUGAUCUCUAAGGAAACAUCUGCCUUGGAAACUUUGAAUGUGGAAAAAGAAGUGAAGGCUCACCAGACGGGUCCAGCCUAUCUUUGCUUGUCUCCACAUCAUCAGUGGUUAGCAUCAGUGGCCAAGGAUGGAGUACUGCAAAUUCUGGAAGCUGUCAAUAUGGAAGCUUCUGCUCAUAUUCAGUGCCACUCUUCCCGCACAGGUGGAAUCCAGUCAGUAGCUCUAUCAGUGGAUGGUCGGAUCAUUGUAACUGUUGGAAACAGUGAUGGUACACUUGUUUGUCUAACAUGGAGGCAUAAAAAUACUGGAAAAAGCAAGGUUGAUGCAGCAGUUGAAUACGGACAUUCACUGGUUUCAUUGAUGGAGCCUGUCAUUGCUGUAGAAAAUAAAACACUGGCCUUGAUGCCAGUAUGGAUCUCAGAUACAGAAUCUCGUCCAGGAACAGCUGAAGAGAAAGAAACACAGGAGAUAUCUGAGAAAAAGAUGUCUGUAGAGAUAACAGAACAAGAUGAAAGCUAUACCAGUACUGCUUCAAUUUCACCUUCUAACAGCACCUGGCUAGACCUGAAGUUGGAAGAAGCAAUUAAAGAGGAAAGCCAGCAGUUUGCAAACAUAAAGAAAGACUUGAGAAAGGGGAUAAGUGAGCUUCGAAAAACUAUACAAGGGAUGAUACGGGAGAAUGAAUCCUUACCUGACAUGGAGAAACUUGACCAGCAGGAGUUCGACCUAGAUGUGGAGGAGCAGGAGAGGCUUCAGACUGAAGGACAAGAGGAAGUGGCCAAGGUGAGAAAAGAGAUUGAAUUAGAAAAUUUGAUUCAGCGCUACUUGCGAGAUGUCAUUAAACAGGAGUGCUGGGAUUCCAUGGCAGUCAAAGGCCGGGCAGUAAAGGCAUUCCACUCAGAUUGUGAAGUAAAGAACUACCCAAUGAAAGAACGCAGCCAGAAGGAGAUGGAAGAAUUAGAGAGAGUUAUUCAGCUCAGGAAAAUUGAAACAGUUGAUAUAAAUACUCGAAGGGAGCUUGUAGAGAUCCUGCCAAAGAAUUUAGCAGACAAGGAAGAAGAAGAGGAUACAGAUGAAGGACAAAAACAAGGAGAAAGUCCUGCACUAAUUGGCAGCCUCAGUGGCAGUUUUGGCAUAGCUAGUCCGUACUUAUGCAGUCAGUUUGACCUGCACACAAAGGAAGAAAAAAUCAAUCAGAUUUUACUACUGAAGGAUGUGAUUUACAACAUUAAAACAGCAUUUAAUAGAGAGUUUGAAGCUAUUUAUAAGCAGAAGGAGCAAGAAAUUUCUCGUGUGAGAGAGAGAAAUCAGAGACUCCAGGAAAUCUUGGCAGAGCUGGAGAUAAAAGAGAACAUAUGGCAACCUCAUUUUGCAGACAGUGAAAAACCAGAGAGAGCACUUACAGUUCAAGACACAGAGAUUAAAGUUGAAAAAUUCAUCUCUCCAGAGCAAACUGCAAAAGCAGAGGAACAUGCAAAGGCAGAAGAAAAACUGCGCCAGACAACAAAGAAUGAUAACAUAAGAGAGAGAGCUCUUGGUGACAUGAUGGGUGGUGUCUUGGAGGUCAAGAAAGCAGAUGCUUUAAAAAUGGACAUCCCUCAACCUGAUUGCAUGUCGAAGGCUGACAGUGUCUGGACAGAAGAUGACAGGAGACUGGUUAAAGACUAUGAGAAGAAAAUCAAAGAGCUGAAUGAAGAAAGGGAGAAAUACAAGAAGGGUCUUGAAGCUGAAAUGAAGAAACUUCAGACAAGUAUCCAAGAAACUACUCAGUCCUUUGAUGAUGCUUUAAAUAGACUCUUUGACAGGAAAGUGAAGUCAGAAAUGAUUAUCUACCAGGAAGAAAUGAAGAUAGCAAGUUUGGCGUUCUCCCUAGUAGUUGAGGAAGAGCUGAAUACAAGGGAGGCUCAACUUAAUUUUCAGCUUGAGAAAAUUCGCAAGCAAAAGGUCCAAAGUGCUGAAGUUGUACAACAGACAAAGUCACAAGUGGAUGCAUACCGAGAGACCUAUGAUAAUGCUGUAGCAGAGGACAAGCUGUUGGAUCGUGGCUUUAGAAAGGAGUUUAAUGAUGUACCAGCCCUCUUGGUUGAUCAGCUGUACAAACUGUAUAAACGCAGACCAAGGGUUCAAAAGAUACGAACACAAGCAGAUAACUUUCACCCCUUUGGAGAUCAUCAGGGUUCAGCAAGGGCUGCCAGUGAUGCGUAUAACCAGCUGCUGAGAGCCAUGGAUGAUUUGGACUCUCCAGAGAACAUGCCAGAAACUUUGGAACUCCCAGUAUGGGAACGCUUUUGCUUGGCAAGAAGAACAAAACUGGAAAGUGAACAGCAGGUAAAACAUAAAGCAUUAACUUUAGCAGAAAUGCAGGCCUUUCUCCAAAGGAGGCUAGAAGAGGAUGAAAGGAAUCGACAGGCAAUGGAAAACACUCUGCAGGAGCUGAACAUAGUGCGGGAGGAGAAGAUGAGAUCCCAGCUUAAUCUAACUGCUCAGUUUCUGCUGAAACAGGGACAGGUAGAAGUGGAAGGAGGUGAUUUCGUUCCUGACUAUUCAGAUUCUAUUCUUGUUUACAGAAACGUUGUGGAGGAUUUGAAUGCAACAAUAAAGUCUCUUGGGGAGCAGAAAAUUGCCAGCAUGGUAGAAAGCAAAGAUUUUCGAAAAGGGAUUAUACAGCUGGAAUGGGAACGUAAGAAAAUGCAGAUGCAGAUAGAAGACCUGCACAACAAAGCUCGUGAUAUCCAAAUGUUGAGAGUUUCAAAGGAAUUACAAAAGUACCUGUUUGAAACUGAUCACGAUAGCCGUGUUCUCCAUGAAAUGUCAGUUUUGGAACAAACUCUAGCAUUGCAAGAAAAGCACCACAAGAAAAAUUCAAAAAAUUUUAGGAGAGUCGUAAAGGAACUGGAAUCAAAGAUCAAACACAUGCAAGAGCAGAAUAACAAACUGGAUGAGGAGCUGCAAGAGUUGUUGGUCUCUGUGUCGGAACGAAAGCUUGUGUUUGAUGCAAUUGCUGUGGAAAAGAACAUGGAAGCCAAUACAGAACAGCGUUACCAGGAUAUCAUACAGCGCCGAAAGUUGGUUGAUCUGGCAAAAUCUCAGGCACAAGAAGUUGCUGUUUUACGAGCAGAAGUUGAGAGGCUAAGAAUGAAAACAUUCCCUGCUUUGAUUCAUAAAGAAAAAUAAACAUGACAACAGACUGUGUGGGCAUACAUUAAAUUAGUAUGCAUUUUUAGAAAUAUAUUUCAAUGAUCUGCACUAUGAUAAAGAACUAUUGUAGUUGCUCAUUAACGCUUUUCAAUAAAUAUGUUUAUAUGUUUUACUAAGCUUAAGA